CAUGAAAAAAAGCCUGCAUCUCAACCUCAGCCUCCACCUGAGGCCACAAAGACGCCCCGCGCUCAUCUUCAAAUGCCGUUGCAUACCUGCGAGACCGCACAGUACUUCUUCGUCCAGGAGGUGCUUUCUCGCUGGGAAGCAUUUGCUGGCAAGAUGUUAGCCUACCAACAAAAACUACUACAGCAAAAACAGCAACAAGAACAACAGCAGCUGCAGCAACCAGAGAAAUUACAGUCAGGAAAUCGUAUUAGCGUCGAUGAGGUCAUUAACGAUCCCCUUGAGGGGGAAACCAACGAAAUUCAGUUGCCGAAAUAUGAAUCCAAUUUCGAUUCAAUUUCAAGUGAGAUGGCACCUGCCCCGCCCUUGAUGAAUGCACAAUUCAGUGAACCAAUGGAACUAGAUGAAUCUGCGAUCAGGGCUAGUGAACCAAUCACACUUACUGAGGAAGAUGGGGAAGAUAUAGAGAAGACCAGUAUUUCAAAGGAGUCUUGCUACGAUCCCGAGGGCGUCUGCAAAGCAUUUCCCUUUACGGAAUUCUUUACUGGCCUCAAGCAGCCUACAUCAGACAUUAGGAAAGAACUAUUCCCAGGUCACAGCUUCGUAGAAGACAUGGCGAUUGCUCGCGCCUGCUUUCGACAUAUUGAGUCGCUUUUCGCUGAGCUUGAUGAGUUUCGAGCCUUCGAGCUUAUGCGCACUGGACUGGAGCGCACAAAUUAUCUGCUUGUACAAGAGGCUAAGAUUGUUGCAAUGACCUGUACCCACGCUGCUUUGCGUCGACGCGACCUUGUUCAACUUGGUUUCACCUACGACACUAUUGUGAUGGAAGAAGCUGCUCAAAUCCUCGAGAUUGAGACUUUUAUCCCUUUGCUCUUACAGAACCCUGAUCUUUCAGGUGCAAAUCGCCUAAAGAGAUGGAUCAUGAUUGGUGACCAUUACCAGCUGCCUCCGGUGGUAAAGAAUCAGGUGACUUUUGAUGUGUCUUAUAGUCCAUUUACUAUUGUAGGGCUUUUUUCUGCAUAG